AUGGCGGUUAUGAGAACAUCUCUCCUCAAGCGUUGCGGCAUGAGGAUAAAGGUGAAUAUCAGAGAGGAGUGUGCACUUGCUCAGUUCCUUGUACAUUUCGGAGGGAAGGCGAGUACUACUACUGCCAAGAUCCGCCAGCCUACUACGAAGGACAGAUCACACAAGGGUCUCAAUCUGAGGAUCUGUAUUCCUAUAGAGACUAUCUUCAACGUGACACUCCAUCUUAUGCUCACCGUCAUGUCCCAGCCAGCUAUAGAGAUGCAGAUUGGUAUCUACCACCGCAUGGCUUGA